CCCAUCGCAACGCCCCCGGCGUGAUCAGCGUCAUAUGUCCCGCCAAAAUUAUUUCAACACCAUAGCCCACAGCCAAACCCCAGCCCUCCUCCACACAGACACUUCCCACCCAAAUCCACACGCACAUCCAACAUCAUGAACGACCCCGGACUAAACAACCUUCUCAAGUGGGGCAUCCAAAACUCCGAAGCCUCGCGCACCGACGGAGCCGCUGCAGACCAGCGGCCCGGCCAGAUCGAUGUCGAGGCCCUACAACGUCUCGUCACUGGCAUGUCAGGCCCAUCAGAUGCCCAGCUCAUGCAAGAGAGCAUGCAGGUCAUCCAGAAUGAGGAAGCAGAACUCGAGCACAGGACGACCGCAUUCGACAACUUCGAGCAGCUCAUCGAGAACCUGGACAAUGCAAACAACAUCGAGAGCUUGGGCCUGUGGAUGCCACUCGUCGAACAACUAGAGAAUAAAGAAUCCGAACUGAGAUUCUACGCUGCGUGGUGCUGCGGCACUGCUGUACAAAACAAUAUCAGGACGCAAGAGCGACUUCUUGUUGUCGGCGCUAUUCCCACAUUGGUUCGGAUGGCCACUUCAGAUGCCGACAAGAAAGUCCGCAAAAAGGCCAUUUUUGCCCUGUCCUCGUCGGUCCGAAAUUUCCAAGCGGGACUCGAUGCCGCUCUGGAGCAUGUGCCCGCCGAACUCAAACCUAAAGAAAAGCUAGAUGCCAACGACAUGGAAUCGGUAGACUUGCUGAUCAACAAGCUGCGCGACAAUGUAUAGUGUCUAAGUCGCGCAUGCUUUGCAUUGGGCGGCGUUGCGGAACUACAAUUGGAUUAGCAUGGGAAUGGCGCACAUGUGGGACGACAGUUAUGAGGCAGGAAUAUAAAGGAUCAUUACC